AUGCAGUCUCCCAAACAAAGCCUGGUUUGCAACUUAAACCACGUUCACUUGCAGCACGUCUCCUUGGGGCUGCACCUCUCCAAGCGGCCGGAACUUCAGGACGAGGCCAACACCUUGGCGCCCUCCAGGGAACAAGCGGUCUGCCACGAAUGCGAGGAACAUGGCGGUCACCUGGUGCCAAACCUGGUGGACGCCAACUCCAACAACCCCUCCUUGACUUGCCGGUGUUGUGAGGCUCACCCAGUCUCGCCUGAGGUUGAGGAAGAAGAAGAAGAAGAGGAUGAGGAUGAGGAGGAAGCAUCUCCUUCAGACCCUACUUCUUCGUCCAUCAGCAGCUGCUCAGACCUCAGCCUGGACGAGUCUCCCGUCUCGGUGUAUUGCAAGCCCUUCCCUGCUGAACAGGCCCGAAGUCCGGAAAGCCAACCCAAUAUCGUCCCCUUGGAGGACACACAGAAUGUUCUGGUCCACCCCCAAGAGAGAGGUCCAAACCUUAAUGUCCCCUUGGGUGAGCAUCCUGAGGCCCAUAUCUGGGACAGCCCAGAUAGUCUGUACAGCAGCAGCUCCCCGGAUUCUCCAUCUGACCACUCUCCUCCUUGCCCGGAAAGCCUACUUAGAUCGUCCCAAGUUGGGUCCAUCAAAGUUCCUCCUCUCGUUCCACCCCCUGUCCGCCCUUGCAGGGCACCUCCUGCGGUGCCGGUGGUCCCCCCGCGUGGGCCGGAGGUGGAUUCCAACUGCAACGCUCUCCCAGCCCAGGAGGUCAAGCCCAACACCGUCUCCUUGGGGCAAGUGGACAUCAACUCGAACCGGGCCACCGGACCGGUGGGGUCUCGUUUUGGAGGCGUGCCUCCUCCGAUUCCUCCUCGGACCAAGAGGGGCCUUCAGGGCUUGAGAAGAAGUGAAGGGGGGAGGCCAUCUCCUGAGCCGGUCCCUCCUGCACCAGUUGAGCCCCCGUUGCACCACCCCGGUGAACCCCAAGGAGAAACGCCUAAGAAGACCAUCACUUCCUUUCACGAGUUGGCUCAGAAGAGGAAGAAGGCAACUGUGGCGCCUCCCCUUCUCCUGACCAAGAAGGACCAAAGCGAUUGGCUGAUUGUCUUCUCUCCGGAGACGGAGAUGCCUCCGUCUCACCAACUCUCCUGGGCAACCAGGCAGGAGACCAAGCCCCCCACUUCCUCGGGGGAGCCUUCUCCUCCUAGCCUCCAACGCGGGGUCAUCACGUUCAAGGACCUCCGCUAUCGGAAGCAGAACAGCCAACUGGCCACCAAGGUGGGCAACCCAGGCCCCCAGCGGGCGAGUCCCGCUCAAGGGGUCCCCGACGGUCAGUCCGGGCAAGAGAAGAACGACUCGGAGGCCGCAGCCCAUGGGCAUUUGUGGGGCGCCAAGGAAAUCCCAGCCCGGAUGAAGAGGUCUCGGCCGGCUCUACAGCCGAUUGUGGAAAGAGGCUGUGAAGAAGGAGAAGACGCGGCGGUCAAGCCGAAACCUCUCGGGAGACCCUUGGAGACUCAACCCCAGGCGAGGUGGGGUCCUGACGUUUCCGGGAAGGCCGAGACGGGCGACAGGAGGGUCCCUACGGCUUUCCCCACCCACCAGGUGUCCGAGCUGUCACUUGGAGCCCGGGACCCCCUUGGAAAGCAGGGUGGAAAGGGUCCCUGGGGGAGAUUCUCUCGGGACACUAUGAGAGCCGAGGAGUCGGGAGCCCCUCGCCAACUUCGACAUUCUCAGUCCUUUGCUGGGGUCUCACUCCAAGGAUGGCCAGCGAGGACAGGAGACGCAGUCUCUACACAGCUUCGACAACAGAAAAAAGCACUGCUGAUGGCCGUCAGUGCUUCCGUGGACAAAAUCGUGGCUCACUUCAGCACUGCCCGGAACCUCGUUCAAAAGGCUCAGCUGGGCGACAGCCAGCUGACCCCCGAAGUGGGGCAUUUGAUCCUCCACACACUCUGCCCCGCCUUGCACGCCCUGGUGGGCGACGGCCUGAAGCCGUUUCAGAAGGACGUCAUCACAGGAUACCGGCCCAGCUCUCCAUGGAGCGUCGUCGAAGCUUCGGCCAGGCCGGGUGCCCACACCAGAACCUUCACCGCGUUGUACUGGCGUGUGUCACGGCUGGCCCCGCUCCGGAGUCACCACCAAUGUUUCCACGCUUUUAUCCUCGGUCUUCUGAACUUGAAGCAAGUGGAGGAAUGGUUCACACAGCUGCAAAGAAACUCAGAGCUGGUCUCCUCCUUGUAUUUGCCCACCGCCUUCCUGCUCCUAAGCCAGCGGAUCUGCCCCCGUUGGGCCGAAGAGCUACUACUCCUGUUGCAACCCCUUUCGGUCCUCACCUUCCAACUGGACCUGCUCUUUGAGCAUCGCCACCUGCCCAUCAGCGUCCGGCCGAUGCCCCAGCCAAGCACCCCGUCUCCCGAACCCGGGGCCGGUCGGUGGGAGAGCCCCGGUCUGACCCCGCUGGAUUUAUCCGAGCCCCCAAUUCCUUUCGCUACUUUGGAAGAUCCUUUCUUGGCUCCCUCCAGCCCCUUUCAGGAAUGGCUCCUGCCCCAGAGACUUCUGGGCUGGAAGGAGCGGCUAGCAAGCACCCUCCGUGGGAACGGGAACCCGGCCUGGGCCCAGCCCAGGCAGGAGGAGAGCCCAGCCCAGCUGCCAAGCAGGUGGAAGUCACACUGGACCAAGCUGUGGGUGGCCAUUAAGGAGAGCCAGACGGCAGCCGGAGAGAGCGGUGCCAGUGCCGAAGAAUGCCCCAAACUUGGCAAAAACGACUCCCAGAUAGAAAAACGGUCAUCCGUCUGCGAGGAAGAUGGCCCGGCGGCAGGGAGCCCCUCCCAGCCAGGAAUGGAUACCCCUGAGGCAGGAGAAGUCUAUCUGAAAGGAACUGAGGAGAAACCGGAGGCUGGAAACGGGAACGAAAGACGGCUGGGAUGGCUGUUCGGAGCGAAUUCUCCCGGGGCUGUGAACGAGACGGAUCCAAAUCUACCUCGGUCCGGGCGCCCUUCGAGAUGGCUGUGUCCUGCCAUUAACACGCUGGCCUUCGCCAAGAAGGGGGGACCGACCCAGAAGACCUGGCAAGAGGCAGAGGGGGCACAGAAUCCCCCAGACCCAGUACAGACCUGCAAAGCCGUGCGGGCCCUCUGUGACCACGCAGGUGAGGCUGCUGGACACCUGACCUUUUGCAAAGGGGAAAUCCUGCAAGUGAUGGAGACGGUGGAUGAAAACUGGCUGAAAUGCCUCUCCGGAGGCCAGCAAGGCCUCGUCCACGUGGGCUACACUUCCCUGAUCAUCUGA